AUGCAACUGGAGGCAUGUAGGAUUCCCGGUGUACUUAUUUGUUCAAAGGGGCGUCUUGUAUUUUCCUCAAAAGAUGUACAUUUGAAACUUCCUACGCAUUUAGGUGGCCCUGGUGGUUCGGACAUUCUUAGUCUUUCUGCGCAAAAGACUUCUCAGCAUAGCUAUUUAGAAUGUAUGUUGACCUGUGAUCCUCUGAAUUCGGGGACUAUUCCCGAUCUGUCUUAUUGGCCAGUAGGAAAUAGAUCCAACUUCUCCUGUCAAUCUCUUCUCUCUACCCACGAAAACAGAAAACUUUGUAUUGGUGAGACCAGUCCUUCAUCGCUGCGGAAACGUGGUCUCAAGCAGUUUCUGACUACAUUACUCUCAAAAAAACCAAAACAGAAUCGGAACCCCUUCGAAGGCGUCAGCACAGGUUGCAGCUCAGGUCAAGCGGAUGUCGCAGCUCGGGGCCUCAGCGCCACGUAUCAUCAUGUCUCGACUGCUACAGCAGGUGACACCAAAGACGGCGCCGAGACACUGCGGCUAGACUGGCCACUGACCACUCUCCGACAAUUCGCUUUUCGUGGCUGCCUCUUCAAAAUGGAGACAGGCAGACGCGCGCCCCACGGCGAGGGACACUACCUGUUCCGUGUCAAGGACAUUGGCGAGUUUCGGCAAACCCUCGAGGCACACAUUAAGUCUCACAAGCGGACCAGGGCCUUAAAGACGCUUUCGGCAGUCUGCUAUCCCGCACCAUGCCGCCUGUUUCCGCCCUCCAUCCCCCCUCCUCCACCCCCUCCUCCUCCUACCGCCCCACCACCGCCACCAGCAUCAGUGACCGACAGUCAAGCCUAUGUCAACCUCCCGCCUCUUCCGCAACCACUCAGUCGCUCAUGGUCACACUUGGUUGAGUCAUCUGAGGAGGAAACGGCUCGCGUGUUGGCGGAGGAGCCCUUGAUACAUCAUGAAGAUGAUGAUGAUGACGUGGAGUGGCAAGUGGGAUGCUUGCCGCCACCUCCUCCCCCAGGAGCCGACUUGAUCCCCGCGACAAAUGACCUGGUUCCCGUGACACCGUCGAGCACGCCACAAGGUCGUGUUAUACGAGUGGGGACGUACGAGAACGUUAGGACCCUCCUUCAGAGUAAUGGCGACCUACCGAGGUCGCCAAGCAGAUCGGCCGUUGAAAGCUGCCUUGAACUCCACACCCCGAAUGAGGCCUCGACGAUAAAUUACGCCCUGCUCGAAUUCCAGCCGCCAGCUGCCUCUCCGCCCCACUCAGGUCAGAGCUCUGUGCAGAAUGUGGCGGCGGUCGGCGUCCUUGUCCCCUCGAGCAACCGCAGCGUCCUGACGCGGACGUCGUCUGUGCGUUCGCGACCACGACCUUCCAGGCUUCUGGUCCGGUCCGUUGGCGAUGGCCUGAACACGCUUGCGUCGAGUGCCACGGCGGCCGUGCCACCUGGCGUGACCACAAGCGGACAGGCUGCGGCCAACUAUGUGGACAUCUGCCCUCUUCAGACUUUGGCCAUAAAUGAACUACUGAGAACCACCCUGUAA